UCAAGGAAAAAGCCAUGUAUUUUUUUUCUACUUUAUGGCUGUUAGUUGGCACAACGUGAAAAAAUAGUAGAUAUACAAUAAACACAAAGAUACUACCUAUUUGCUCAGAGAGUAAAGGAUCUUUAAAACCAGGGAGAGCACUUGUGUCUUUAUUCAGGUGAAAGAUUUUUGGAAGAUGUGGUGAUGGAAGAGAGAGAAGAAUAGAGAGAAAACAGGAGGGAGGAAGGUAGUAUUCACUUAGUUUCACAAUAUAGAUGCUAGAAUUUCUCUGAAAUACACAAUUCUUGUAAAUCUGUUAUAUGUUCUAUCACUUCUAUCAUCAGACUCAUCAACAACAUGGCAUCAGAAAACCAAACUGGUGUAACAUCAUUCUUCCUCCAGGGGCUCUCAGAGGAUUCAGAACUGCAGCCCCUCCUCUUUGGACUAUUCCUCACCCUGUACUUUGUCACUGUGUUGGGCAACCUGCUCAUUAUCCUGGCCAUCAGCUCAGACUCUCACCUCCACACCCCCAUGUACUUCUUCCUCUCCAAGUUGUCCUUCACUGACAUCUGUUUCGGCACCACCACAGUCCCCAAGAUGCUGGUGAACAUCCAGACACAAAGCAAGUCCAUCAGUUACACAGGCUGCCUCACCCAGGUUUGCUUUGUUCUGAUGUUUGCAGGUGUAGAAAAUUUUCUCCUUGCAGCAAUGGCCUAUGACCGCUAUGUGGCCAUCUGCCAUCCACUGAGGUACACAGUCAUCAUGAACUCCUACCUCUGUGGCCUGCUGAUUCUCCUCUCCUUGUUUAUUAGUUUGGUGGAUGCCCUGCUACACAGUCUGAUGGUGCUCCAUCUGUCCUUCUGUGCAGACCUGGAAAUCCCUCACUUCUUCUGCGAACUUGCUCAGGUCAUCAAACUUGCCUGCUCCAAUACCCUCAUCAAUGACAUCCUGGUAUAUUUAAUAACUAGCAUAUUGGAUAGUGUUCCUCUCCUUGGGAUUAUUUUCUCUUACAUUAAAAUUGUCUCUUCCAUUCUGAGAAUGCCAUCAGCUGGGAGAAUGUAUAAAGCUUUCUCCACCUGUGGGUCUCACCUGUCAGUGGUUUUCUUAUUCUAUGGAACAGCUUUUGGAGUCUACAUUAGUUCUGCAGUUACUCAUUCUUCCAAAAACUUAGCAGUAGCCUCAGUGAUGUACACUGUGGUCCCUCCAAUGAUGAACCCCUUUAUCUACAGCCUGAGGAACAGAGACAUGCAGGGGGCCUUGCAGAAACUCUUCUGGAGAACAUCUUCUUUUUCUUAGUUGUAUCAUCUGCCUUAGGCUUGUGCUUCUAUAAUAAGUCAAAGUGAAAGAAUACUUGGUGAAUCAGAAUGUUAGAAUCUUCCAGUAACAAGUUUUUUUUUUACAUUGUGAUAAUAUUUUUAUUAUUAAUUUUAAAUAAUUUUUACAUAUGUGUGUGCAUAUUU